CGCAAUCAAAAAUAUGGAGGCUCCAACCGUGUUGUUAGCACCGGCCCUCAUGAGCCAUAGUGAUGUCCAUGAUUUCCCCCCGGUGGCUCUGUCUGCGGAGGCCACCCCGUUCACUCCGCUCGGGACGGACAGUUGGCGGCUCGGCUCUCCAUCGGACAUAGAGAAACAGUUUUCCCGCUGCGCAGCAAAACUCCGAGACCUGAGAGCAGACUCAGGCCAGCUGAGAGAGGAGCUCAACCUGCUGUUUGACCAGCUGCUCUCCGAAAACUACAACAAAACCUACGACCCUAAUAUCAACAUCCGACCAGAGGACGUGUGCACUCUGCUGAAACAUGUCAGCUGUCUUGUGCCGCUGAGUCAAGAACAUUUAGUCAUCAAACUCUGCCAGCUAGUACAUCAUCUGCUCAAUCAGCUAAAGGUAAUAAUGGACGAGCGGACAUUGAAUGUAUUGGUGAACUAUACCGCCAGUGCACUGAAAGUGUGCAGUACGUGGACACACUCGGAUAUCCUCCUGGCACUCUCCACCAUAGUGUAUGGGAAUGGACCUCAAUGCCCCCAGCACCUCAGUGACCUGCUCAGUAAAGAUGGAGUCCUCCUGCUGUAUAGUUCUCCAUCCCAGCCAAAUAUGGAGUUACGGCGUGUUGCUCUUACCUGCAUGGCCAACAUCUGUCUCAGGAUCCCAGGUCAGCCUCCUUUGGAUGAUCAAUACAGAAGUGUAUCUUUUAGAGUCUUCCUGCAAACAUUGCAGUCACCCAAACCUCCCAACACUGAUGAGCUCUUCUUCUGCAUUGUGAUCCAGGCAGCACUGAAGGGACUUCAGUGCUGUCUCUCAGGAGGGAAGUGGAAAUUUGUUGGAGAGGAGCUUGGGUCUGUACUGGCCGCACUAAAGAGGAUUAUGUUCCAGGGAACUCCAGGCGUGAGUGUCGAUUGGCCGGCUGUGCUUUACCCAGCAACUCUUCCUCAGUACGAGGGCCUCUCUGCAUCAAAACCCGCUGAAACACCAAAACCGCCCGAACCACCAAAGGAAGCCGCUGUGACAGGCAAAACCUCAGGAAAUAAAAAGAGGAAACCUAGAGGAAAGGGGAAGAAGACGGGCAUUGAGGAUGGCAAGGGCGAUGAUGGAGAGGAAGAUGGAGAGGCUGUGCCUGCACUUCAGAAAGGAGAGGGAGGCAGAGGUGAAGGACAGUCCUUGUCUAAACCCUCUGGCCAAUCUCUCUAUCCGUCCUGGAAAAAAAACAGUUCUGACUCAGAGUUCUCCGACCCAGAAGGCAGUGCACAGUGCAAAUUAAGGCUCUACCAGGGUCGUGUGCGUCAGGGAGCACUGCACUGUCUGCUCGCAGUGGUGAAAGGUGUAGAGAAGAGGACUCUGUAUGGGUACUGGUCCUCCUUCAUCCCUGACUCUCCUAUCGGGCGGCCGCCGCCUCUUACUCUCUUCACAAUUAUACUGAAGGACACCUCUCCAAAGGUGCGUGCGUGUGCGCUUCAGGUGUUGUCCGCCAUGCUGGAUGGCUCCCGUCAGUUCCUGGCUGUGGCUGAAGAUACGGCGUCUCCUCGUACAUCUUACACCCCUUUCUCCUUCUCACUGGCCACAGCCGUCAGAGAAUUGCACCGCUCACUCAGUCUGGCUCUGCUGGCCGAGACCUCCCCUCAGACUCUCACACAGGUCAUAAAGUGUCUGGCCUACCUGGUGGCAAACGCUCCCUACCACCGUCUCAGACCUGGUUUGCUCAGCCCGCUCUGGAAGCAGAUGCGUCCCUAUGUGCGCCACAGAGAUGUGAAUGUUCGUGUGUCAGUCCUGACAUUUUAUGGGGCUCUGGUGACGACUCAGGCUCCUCUACCUGAAGUGCAACUCCUCCUUCGACUGCCGGAGGCCAGCAGCAUCAACAGUGACUCAAUCACGCCGCAGGAAUCUGCUCUCAGCUGGAGACAAAGAGACGGAGUGCCCUCGCCCUCCCGCACACCAGUCAAAUCCUCACUGCGGAGCUCAAGCGCACACUCCCCCCACGCUCCUCGCACCCCGUGCGAGGAGGACCGCGCCUUGCCGUGGCUGCUGCAGCUGUGUGUGUCUCUGGUGACUCAGCCCAGAGAGGACCAAUCAGACAGCGAGGGAGCGGGAACUGGAGGAGGCGCAGCUUUAGAGCCCUCCCCUGUCCGACUAGAAGCUCUACAGGUAAGAGAUAAUGGACCAUGUCCCUACCUGGUGCGUGGCUAUUUCUCUCUAGUCCAAGCAUGUCUGUGUGAGAUUUGGAAGGUGAGCGCUCGCUGCCUCGGGGAGACAGACCCCUCCAUACAACUGCAUGGAACAAAGUUACUAGAGGAGUUGGGGACAGGAAUAAUCCAGCAGUACAGAGCCGAGAACAAAGUGCCUGAGAGCUCGAGGGUCCCCAUGAGCCAAGUGGUGCUAUUUUGGUCAGAAGUCUUGAGUGGUCCACUGAACGGAGCGCUGCAGAGCGAACAACACCCCACACUGCAGACGAGCGCCUGCGACACCCUCUCCUCCAUCCUGCCGCAGGCCUUCGCACAGCUGCCUGACAAGACGCAGCUGAUGUGCAUCACCGUGCUGCUGGGGCUGACCUACAGCGAAAACUAUCUGGUGAAGACCGCAGCCGUCAGGGCUUUGGGAGUCUACAUACUGUUCCCCUGUCUGAGAGAGGAUGUGAUGUUCGUGGCAGAUACAGCGAACACUAUCCUCACUGCCCUCGAUGAUCGAUCUCCAAAUGUCCGUGCCAAGGCUGCCUGGUCUCUAGGCAACCUCACAGACACACUUAUUGUUAAUAUGGAGAGUGUAGGUGUGGACUUCCAAGAAGAGUUAUCGGACAUGCUGCUGCUCAAGAUGUUGCAGGCAGCCACCCGAGCAUCGGCUGACAAAGACCGAGUGAAGUCUAAUGCAGUGCGAGCUCUUGGGAAUCUGCUUCAUUUCCUGCGUCAGAGUCAGCUGACCCGGUCUGUGUUCCAAUGCCCGCUUGAAGACGCAGUCCGUGCUCUGGUUAAAACUAUCCAAUCAGAGGCCACUAUGAAGGUCAGAUGGAAUGCCUGUUACGCCUUGGGAAAUGCUUUCAGAAACCCAGCCCUGCCGCUUGACUCAGCCCCAUGGUCUUGUGACGCGUUCUCUUCCCUCUGCCAUGUUGUUACUUCCUGUAAGAACUUCAAGGUGCGCAUCAAGUCUGCGGCUGCCCUGGCAAUCCCUGCCAACCGCGGCUGCUACGGGGACUCGGAGCGGUUCAGCUGUGUGUGGCGUUCUCUGGCCACAGCGCUCGAAAACAGCGAAGACACAAAUGACUUCUUAGAGUACCGCUACAGUGCCAGCCUGCGACUCACCCUCUCCCAAGCUCUCCUACACCUGCUCAGCGUCAGCCAGUCGCAGGACAUGCCCGCCCUUGGGGAAUCGCUGAACAGGGAGGAGGGAAGGGGCAUCAAAGACUAUUUGAUCAAAUAUCUGAGAGCUGAGGAAGGAGGAGGAGGAGAGGGGGCAGAGGGGGAGAAAGAUGCGGUGGGGGACAGUUUCACCCCUCAGCAGAGAGUAGGGGGUCUUCAGCAGACCCUGAUCAGACUAAAUGAGAUGAAGGCUGAAGGGGAGAGACAGGGAGAGGAGGAGAGGGGUAAGGAGGUGGUGGUUGAUUUCCUGGAGGAUUUGCUAAAGACCUGUGAAGAGCUUUGAAAAGUUUGUUUUCCAGUUGCAGUGCUGGGUUUAAGAAAACUGCCUGAGAUCACAAAGACUGCUCUCAGGUUGGACUAGGCAGACAGUCGGAGGAGAAGCAUCCAACCACAAACUAACUAGUGACUGAAGACAAAGAUUAUAUAACCAGCUUUGUCAUUAUGUGAUCCGAGAACAUCACAAAGAACCACAAAUAUUUUCUUCUUAUUUCAAGAUAUUUUGGAGUUGCUUUUAUAUCCUUUUAUGUAUCUAAUUGCAACAUGUGACAUACAAUGCAGUGAAUAUAUAUUUUGAAAACAAAUGGAGGGCUGGGUGAUGAAUCAUUUAUUGUUUAUUGAAUUUCAGUUGAAUCAUUGCGAUGAACAUAUUGUUUAACAGAAUUCUGUUUUCCAAGUUGAUUAAGAUGAGAAAGAAAUAUUUGUUUUCAAGAGUGGAGAGUUUAGUCUGAUAUAAUGCAUAACAGUGGAACAUGGUUCCAUUGAACAUUAAUUUGAUUAUUUUAUUUGUGAUUUGCAUACGUCUGCCAUACCUAAAUAUAUUUUGAUAUAUGAAAAAUAUUCUUGGUACAGUUUUUUUCAUUCCAAUAAUGUAUGAAGUCCACUACAUUGUUGACUGGACUUCUGUGCAGCACGUAAGAUGUUCAGAACAAUAAAUACAGUGACUUCCCA